AUGGCGGACUUCGUUCCUGGAAGGCAGGCUCCAGAAAUGGCCGGCAUCACACAGGCUGGCUUUUCUUUCCUGCUGCCGUCCAGAGAACUGACCUCCCAUGGAAACCGGCUGCUCCUUCUUGCCGUCUCUAUCUUCCUGGGGUCAAGCCAGCCCCGAAACACCAAAGGCAAAAGGAAGGGGCAAGGGCGGCCUGGCCCCUUGGCCCCUGGGCCUCACCAGGUGCCGCUGGACCUGGUCUCUCGCGGAAAGCCCUACGCUCGAAUGGAAGAAUAUGAGAGGAACCUUGGGGAGAUGGUAGCUCAGCUGAGGAACAGCUCGGAGACUGCCAAGAGGAAAUGCGAGGUCAACCUGCAGCUGUGGCUGUCCAACAAGAGAAGCCUGUCUCCUUGGGGAUACAGCAUCAACCACGACCCCAGCCGCAUUCCUGCAGACUUGCCCGAGGCGCGUUGCCUUUGUCUGGGCUGCGUGAACCCCUUCACCAUGCAGGAGGACCGCAGCAUGGUGAGUGUGCCAGUGUUCAGCCAGGUGCCAGUGCGCCGCCGCCUUUGUCCGCCACCUCCGCGCCCUGGGCCCUGCCGUCACCGCGUCGUCAUGGAGACCAUCGCGGUGGGUUGCACCUGCAUCUUCUGAGCCACCAAGCCAGUGGCCACUGCGACUCCUCCCUCCCCGCACCCACUGUGUUCCUGUAAGGCCGAUAAACAGUAAACGUUGUCCUUUGUAAUGGAA